CAACCGAGUCCCUUCAUCACCCGAGAGAAGAAAGAACACUCCUCCAAUUCAGUUGAAAGUAGAAGCUCUCUAAUUUUGCCAACAUCUUCAGAGAAAUGUUAAGAGCCCUGUCUUUGACACGAACCUGCCUCAGGUCCCGAUGUCAGUCCCUCUCCCACCGACCUUCUCCUUCUCCAUUUUCCGUUCUCUCUUCACCAUACUCAACUUCAAAGCAGCAAAACAGAGGGACUGAAGAUGACCAAUACACCACCGUUUCAGUUUUCAACAGGGACCCAACUGACCCACCUCGGCUCUUCCUCGUCCAGCCCCGUCUCCGUCCCGCCACUUUCUUGCAGGCUAAGCUCAACGAGGCUCUUUGUCUAGCUAAUUCCCUCGAGGAACAGCGUGGUGGGUACUUCGACACUGAUUUCUUCGACAAGGAGUUGCCUCCUCAUGUUGUUGUCCAAAACCCUUCUCUUAUAUCUUCCAAAAUCCGCCCAGACACGUAUUUUGGACCUGGAACUGUACAAAACAUCAAAUGCCAUUUGAAUGCUGUCGAGUCCAAGGAUGAAGUUGAUGCUGUCUUCGUCAAUACCAUUCUGUCUGGAAUACAGCAACGUAAUUUGGAGCGAAGUUGGGGCAAACCUGUGUUAGAUCGCGUGGGCCUUAUAAUAGAAAUAUUCAAUGCUCAUGCACAUACAAAGGAGGCAAAGUUACAGGCAGAAUUAGCAGCUCUUAUGUACAAGAAGAGUAGGCUUGUUCGUGUACGUGGAGCAGACGGACGCUAUACUUUUGGAGUUACUGGAGAAGCUGAAGUUGUUAGUGCAAGAGGGAGAGGAAGUGGGGGUCGUGGUUUCAUCAGUGGUGCUGGAGAAACUGAACUGCAGCUUCAACGCCGAAGAAUCUUGGAACGGCGGAGUCAUUUGUUAACCCAGAUUGAAGAGGUUCGCCGUACUCGAGCUGUGCAACGUGCAGCUCGCAAGAGACGAGGUGGACUUGAUGGUCAAGGUUUAGCUACUGUUGCUGUUGUAGGGUACACAAAUGCUGGGAAAUCUACAUUGAUUAGUGCCCUCUCAGAUAGUGAUCUGUAUAGUGAUGCAAGAUUGUUUGCAACAUUGGAUGCUAGAUUAAAAGGUGUUGUUCUUCCUUCAGGGAGGAAAGUACUUCUUAGUGAUACUGUGGGAUUCAUAUCAGAUUUGCCUGUGCAGUUGGUUGAAGCAUUUCAUUCAACCUUGGAAGAGGUGGUGGAGGCUGACCUCCUUGUGCAUGUAAUAGACUGCACUGCACCUAAUCUUGAUGAGCAUCGUUCCACGGUGUUGCAAGUUCUUCGGCAAAUUGGAGUGUCAGAGGAAACGCUUCAGAACAUGAUUGAAGUCUGGAACAAGAUUGAUUAUGAAGAAGAAGUGGGUGCUGAUGUAUAUAUUGAUGAUGGUGAGGAAGAUGCUGAGAUCAGCAAUUUCUCGGGAGCAGAAGACGGCAAGACUAACAGUUCUUCAGAAGUUGAAGAUUGUAACAUGGCAUCCGAGUCAUUAGAUGGGAAGUCAGUUGAUAAUUGUGUUGCCGGUAAUGCUGAUGCUGAUGGUAGUGAUGUAUUUAAGCCUUCACCUGGAGACCUUCAAGAGACCAUGGAUGACAAGCAAGGCGAUUACUCUGACGGCUGGCUGUUGUCAGGGGAUGACUCUGCAGAUGACUACUGGAAUACCCUGAAUGACCGACAAACUGAGACCUCUAAUGACUGGAUGCUGGAAAAAGAUUCUCAAUCCCAAUCUCAGCAUGUUCCACAGGUCAAAGUAUCUGCCCUAACUGGAGUAGGCUUGCAAGAACUGUUGGAAAUCAUUGAUGAUAGGCUUAAGGUGCAUGAUGAUAAACUAAAGUCUCAAAAUGUAGAGGAGUGCAGUUUCUUUGAUCGAAAAUGGAGGCCCCCUCGUAAAGAAGAUGAACAGGUAGCAAUUGAACAAUGAUAACAGCAGGCAAUUCAUAUUCUCGACCGCGGUUAGUCUUAGCAAUCAUCACAAUACAGUUGAAACCGCUGUGUGGCAUGGAUGAUGAAUAAGCCAGAGAAACUUCAGACAAUUAUUUUCCCUUGCUGGAGUAUAGGGGAAGAAUGUGAGAAUUUCCUAAGCAAGAGUUGUAAGGGCGUGAUAUUUCAGGAUACUCAAAUUAUGGGGCAUAUCAAGAAUAACAUUUCAGGAUGAAGCUUGUUCUAAGGGCGUGAUAUUUUGGUUGAAGCUCACUUUUGUACCUGGGCAGGGGGAAAA